AUGUGCUCGAGUACUCUCUUUUACUUGAAGAGACUAGGGCGGGAGGCCUUGAAAGUGGUCUUCAACUUUCUGUUUGGAAGGAAUGGUGGCAGUCCUGAUAAUCUGGAUGCAAAGGCACCUGACUCGGUGGCGGGAUGCCAUCUCGUUGUACAUCUGCUCCACGGCACCGUUCAGUGUAGUAUCCCUGUACUCUUUGUACAUGUUGUGGUAACCUGUUCGGCUUUGGUACCGCAGCCAGAUGCCAUAAUUCUUGAUCUUUGUUGGUUUCCUCUCAAAUAUCUGCCAAAAUUUAGCUCCAGAUUUAGCUUGUACAUCAAAGAAAAGAUAUUGUGUCCUAUGAAGAACUGCUUUGGCUCUGUAGACUGCCUAGGAUCCAACAUAAAAUUACCAGAACUUGGAUUUAGCUCUGGCUUCAUUCGUAGCCCACAGCUUCAUACGGUAAAUCUUGGGGUGCUCCACCGCCGCCGUUGGAAGAGCUCUACCCACCACCUGAUACUGAUGAAACUGCCACCAUCCGCCGUCAUCAACGAGGAUCAGAUGCAACAAUCUAAAGCGAAGUACGCGAAGAGCUAA